AUGACGAAUGAUGAACCGAAAAAGAAAAAGAAGCGAACAAAGGAGCAUGAUUUAACGCAGAUUAUUAACGACGUUCAAAAUGCUCCCGGCAAAAAAACAAAGACCGACUUGCUCAUCUACGAAAUUGUCUCUUUGGCUGAAAAUGUGUGCCAUGUUAAUUUCAGUCCCUGGACUCCGCUGGUGUUUGGUGAAAAAUCUAAGGAAAACUAUCAAAAUUUGAGAAAUCUUGGCUCAACACUUCAUAUUCGAUUAGAACCAAGCAAGGUUCUUCAAUACUUUGAUCAAAAGAACCUUUGGACCACGGUUCUUCAUUGUAACCAUCUCUCUUGGGUAUCAGAUACGAUCUAUGAUGAGCGAUUUGUGCUGCGACUACUUGCAAGCGUGAUGGGCCAUGGGUCUGAGUUGCCAUUGCGAGAAUUCACCGAAAUGGGCGCUCUUUCAUUAGCCUUCAGCUGUACGUCGAGUCGGAAUGAAACAACAAGAAAAGCCGCCUAUUAUGUUCUGCAAAGGUAUCUUUCGCUUCUCAACACGUUGACAAUUGAGACGUUUGAUCAACGCCCUAUUUUGGUUUUUCUUCUUCGUCUCUUCAAGAAUAGUGUUGAAACAGAAGCGCAACUUGUCUCAAACGUAAUUUCCCAAUACUUUGCGCGAGCCGCCAAAUUGUCGCUAAAUGCCGAGUCGGUUGUUUAUCCGGCUGUGAUGAGCUUCCUCACGAAAAAUUGCUUCCACAAGAUGCCUUUUGAUUCGAUUCCCGAUUUAGCGAGCAUGUUGUUUUCCAGUUCCACGCAGCAUCACAAGGAAGAGCGCCUAUUUCUGUUAGAUGUGGUUCGAUAUGGAUGCUGUGAGCCGAACGAUUAUGCAUUGAUUACAAGCAGGGGAGGAUUUCGAUCAAUAAUCUCCUUGUUCUCAUCUCCUCUCACAAAUAACAAUGCUCGUUUGUCGAUUCUCGACUUAUUGAAAAGACUUUCCACAAUGCCCACUCCAUCACACGACCUUAUUCAUCGAUUGAAUCUCCCAUCCUGGCUUGCACUACAAAUGGGGAAGAAAGAAGUUACUCACUUUGAACGUGGAUAUCUUGGAGAGAUCUUUUCUAUCUUAAUCUCUACGGAAUAUCAAAGAAUUCGCGACGGAGAGGCUAGCUUGCCGAAAGGGCAGCUUGCAGCAAUUCGUAUAGCUGCGAAAGAGGCCGUUGAGCGACUUCGCGAAUUGACGAAUGACAAAGACAAACGAAUUGCUGAUGAAAUUGAGAAAUUGAUGACGAAAAAAUGGAGAGGAUCAAGGAAAUCGACACAAGUGAAUGAG